AUGGGCGGGACCAGCUUAUUUGGCCCGGUUGUUCUGGCGACUGCGCUUUGGUACCCUGGGGAUGCAGCUCCCUAUGCCGUGCAGCAAGCGGCAAGCUUCUUCCUGGUCCUGUCCCUGGUGCUGGGGGCAAUUUGGAUCUAUGCGCUGUGGGCAUUGCAGGCUCGGCCUAGCGCCCCUUUGCGUCAGGAGGCCGGGGUAUGA